AUGCCAACCACCAAUGAUGGGUGGCCUGAAGAAUUUGGCUUUAAGAUCAGCGGAAAUGGGCCUUGCUAUAUCUUGGCUGUGGAAGAAGGCAGCAGUGCUCAGCUGGCUGGCCUCCAGCCGGGAGACCAGAUCCUGGAGAUUGAGGGCCAGCAUGUGUCCUCCAUGAACUCCGAGGCCCUGGUUGCGCUGGCGAGGCAGUGCGAGAACGUGCCCCCCAGCAUCGGUGUGGUCUCACGCAUUCAGCAGGUGGACCUCCAGCCAGGGCACAGGGGACGGUUUGGCUUCACCUUGGCGUGCGAGGGAGGAUGCCCCUUGCAGGUGGAGAGCGUGGAUCCCGCGUCUCAGGCCUCUGAGUGUGGGGUCAAAGGUGGAGACUACCUCCUGGAGAUUAAUGGGACCCCUAGUGCUGAUGCCAUCCAUCAAGAGAGGAGGCAGAAGGCUCAAGAAUUCAGCAAGAAGGUGCAAGAGAUCCUUGGUGACCAGCCAGAGGUGAAAGAGAAGAUGUUCACAAUCUUAAAGCAGUAUGCAGCAGAGAGGAAGGUCGACUACUUAGCUUACGCCCUCCCCAUGAUUCUCACCAAGGACUCCCACCAACUCCUUAUAGACAAGAUCAGGAUCUUCAUCCCCAGGAAACACCGGCAACGCUUUGACGAGGUGGUCUCCCAGAGCCUCAUCAGCAAACUGUGCCGUGCCAAGAGCGAGCAGCCCACCACCCGGCUGAGGCGCAGCCGCAGCGAGGACCACCACGAGCGCCUGCUGGUCUCCACCCGGGCCAGCUCAGUGCCACGAAGCCACGAGGAAGGCUGCAAGGGCUUGAGGAAGGCUACCUCCCUGAUCGCCAGCAACGUGGGCUCAGGGGCGGCUCGCAGGACUGUCCGUGUCUACAAAGGCGGCAGGAGCUUUGGCUUCACAUUACGUGGGCAUGCCCCUGUGUGGAUUGAGUCAGUCUUGCCUGGGAGUCCUGCUGACAAAGCAUCCCUGAGAGCCGGUGACAGGAUCUUGUUCCUGAAUGGCCUGGAUAUGAGGAACUGUUCCCAUGAGAAGGUUGUGUCUAUGCUCCAGGGCAGCGGGGCAAUGCCCACCCUCGUGGUUGAAGAAGGCAUUGUUAGCUUUUCUAGCGACGGCGAGUCGUCGGAGGCCCCCAACUCCUCCUCAGCCCUCACCUCCUUGCAGUGGGUGGCUGAGAUUCUGCCCUCCAGCAUCAAGAUCCAAGGGAGGACCUUCCACCAGCAGCUGGAACAUCUGCUCACGCCGCCUGAGCGCUACGCCAUCUGCAAAGGGCUGGAGAGUUUCUUCCAGCACAGGAACAUCGACACCCUCAUAGUGGACGUGUAUCCCGUGCUGGACACCCCCUCCAAGCAGGUCAUCUGGCAGUUCAUCUACCAGCUGCUGACUUAUGAAGAGCAGGAACAUUGCCAGCAGAAGAUCGCCAGGUUCCUUGGAUACAAAGCGGUAGCAGCUGAGGCCGAGGCCGAGGAACGGUAUUGCACCUCCGUACGGGCGGCUCCAGCAUGCCGGGAAAGUGCCCACCCCUACAGCCUCGAGGAUGGCGGAGCUGGAGGCCCCAGAGAAGCUGCUGAGGUGCCGGUUCGGCUGGCAGCUGGGGAGAGACAAGCGGGUGACGGGACGUCCCUUCCGGAGACACCCAACCCCAAAAUGAUGUCGGCUGUCUAUGCGGAACUGGAAACCAGGCUGACCACUGGCUUUGGAGGGAAGCUGGCCAGCUUAGGUGUGCACCGGGUGUCCCCUCCUGUUACAGAGCAAGCAAACCCAGCAGGUGCACGGAAGACAGGCCUGGGUGUCUCCUGGAGGAAUGACCUCCCUCUGCCUGGCCAGCCUUGCUUCUACCACUCCCAUAGCGGCAUCCCCUCCCCCAGCAGCACAGAAUCCAAUCCUUACAUCAGCCUUGACUGCAGCCCGACUUCCUCCCCAAAAUUCACUGGCUACGCACUCAGCCCACUCUCUCGGAGGAAGAAGCUCUUCACAUUCUCCCGCCCGCCACGUAGCCAGGACACAGAUCGCUUCCUGGAUGCUCUCAGCGAGCAGCUAGGGCACCAGAUCACCAUUGUGGAUGACUUCCUCAUGCCCGAGAAUGAUUACGAGGAGAUGAGUUUCCACGACGACCAGGGCAGCUACGCCACCAACGACGUCAGCAGCACCAGCGAAUACCUGGACAGCAGCGAAGGCAGCUCCUUGACCUGCUCCACCUUGUCCGACCACAUCCCGCCACCCCCCAUCAGCCCCCCUCCCCUCCCGCCGCCUCUGCCAUUCCACAAACCCAAGGAAGAGCCUCAGAGCACAGAGACCGAUGCAAAGAGCAUUGCCUCCCCCUCUUCUUCCUCACUCUCUCCCCACCCCAAGCCCCCACCCAGCCACUCCCACCCAGCCCCUCUGCCCCCUCCCCCUCCACCUCCACCUCCAGUACCUUGCGCACCUCUGCCAGUGACUCAGGGGAUCAUCCACCGCAGGGGCGGGUCCAAGCACAUGAGCGUCAAGCGGCUGCGCUGGGAGCAGGUGGAAAAUUCCGAAGGCACAAUCUGGGGGCAGCUCGGGGAGGACUCGGACUAUGACAAACUGAGCGACAUGGUCAAGUACCUUGACCUGGAGCUGCAUUUUGGGACCCAGAAGCCAGCAAAGCCAAGCCCUUUGCCAGAGUCCUUGAAAAAGAAAGACGUGGUUGAGAUUCUGUCACACAAAAAGGCCUAUAACAUGUCCAUCUUGAUUGCCCACCUCAAGCUCUCACACACUGAGCUGCGCCAAGUCCUCUUGAGCAUGGAGAGCGAGCGCUUGGAGGCCUCCCACAUCAAGCAGCUGCUGCUGUACUCACCGGAUGCUGAGGAAGUGCAGCAGUACCACAACUGCCAGGGCAGCCUCAGCAAACUGAGCGAGCCGGACCAGUUUGUCCUGCAGAUGCUUUCGGUGCCUGACUACAAGACUCGCCUGCGCAGCCUCCACUUCAAGACCACCCUGCAGGAGAAGACAGAGGAGAUCACAGCCAGCUACGAGUGCAUCUACAACGCCUCCCUGGAACUGAAGAACAGCAAGAAGCUGGCGAAAAUCUUAGAGUUUGUGCUGGCCAUGGGAAACUACCUGAAUCAUGGGCAACCAAAGACCAACAAAACUACCGGCUUCAAAAUCAACUUCCUCACCGAGCUGAACACAACCAAGACUGUAGAUGGGAAAUCCACCUUCCUGCACAUUCUCGCCAAAUCCCUUAGCCAACAUUUCCCAGAAGUCCUGGGCUUUGCCAAGGACCUGCCCACAGUGCCACAUGCUGCCAAAGUGAAUCAGAGAACUUUAAUGGCUGACCUUAAUGACCUCCACACCACCAUCGCCGAGAUUCAGAUUGCUUGCCGGAAUAUGCCGGCUUCCCCUGAGGACAGGUUUGCUGCGGUGAUGGACGCCUUCGUGGAGAGGGCUCGUCCCACCAUCCGGUCUCUGAGCGAUCUACAACACAAAGCCAUGGAUGAGUUCAGCAAAGUCUUGUCCUUCUUUGGGGAAGAUUUCAAAGUCACGACCUCCGAAGCGUUCUUUGGCAUUUUCGCCGAGUUCAUGAGCAAAUUUGAGCGAGCCUUCAGCGAUGUGCAGGCUGGUGAGCCACAGCGCAGCCCCAGGAUGACUGCACCUCUUGCCUGGUGAUGACACG